AUGGACAUCGACGGCUUCACCUUCAACGUCCUUCACGAGGGCGAUGCUAGCCAACCUCUGAUCAUCCUCUGUCAUGCACUGAUGUCAAAUCUACACAUGUGGGACUCGACAGUGGAAGCCCUUAACGCCGCAGGAUUCAGUACAUUGCGAUACGAUCACAUCGGUCAUGGGCAGACAAGCGUUCCAGUAGCAGAUCGCGUGGGCCGAAUUCACAUCGACGACUUCUGCCGGUAUAUCAAUGAAAUGGUUCAACGCACAAUUCCUGGCAAGCGACCGUACGGCUUCAUCGGCUGCUCAAUAGGCGGAGUCAUCGCUCUUCGAUAUGGGUUGAUGUAUCCGGAACAAUUGUCGUACAUCGUCAGUUGCGAUGCCCCGGGCAUGACAAGUCUGGAGGAGUCGAAGAUCAAGUGGAAGGAUCGAAUGAAGAUGUUCAGAGAGCAAGGUGUCGAGCCGCUAGCAAGAGCAACAGUCGAGCGCUGGUUUCCUGAUCCGUGUCCGCCUGAGGUCAAGAGAGAAUCACUCCAACAUACCAUGAGUGUGUCCUUCUUAGGAUACGCCGCUUGUGCUGAGGCUAUCAUGAACUACGACUAUACCUCCGAGCUUGGGAACAUCAAGACCGAUAAGACCGCGGUGAUGAUACUGGCGGGCGAGAACGACGAAGCAAUCGGGCCCCAGGAAAUCUUGAUCGAUGUUCAUCAGAGAAUUUCUGGCUCGCGGUAUGUCCUGAUGAAAGACACUGGCCAUAUUCCACCGAUGCACCAGGCGGCUGAAUUUGAACGCAUUGUGAUAUCGUUCUUGAAGGGUUGA